GAUAACACUGUGGUAGCCGGCAGACAACAACAACAAGACGUUGCGACGACGACGCCGACACCGCCGCCGACGCCGCCGCCGCUAACCGUAUUCUGUGAACUAAACAUUUAAAACGUGAAAUAUAAUUUAUUAUAAUCAAUUAUAAUUUAUUAUAGAUAUAAUUUUUUUUAAAUUUUGUGAUGAAAAAUGCUCAACUUAAUAACGUGUAAACGCAGGAGACUAUGAUGAUAGUAUGAGAAUCUUACCAUGAAUAACAAUAAUUAUUGUCUUCUAAACAAUCGCUACCGAUUUUUUAAGUAGGUACGAACUACGAGCCGACUAUGAAACGCUGAUUGUUCUCCAUCCUCGACCGCGAAUUAACAUAUCAAUAUUACAUAGAAUUCUGGAAUUCGAUUCAAGAGCUUGUUACUAGAAGAUAAAACAUUAAAACCUUCUCAAUCACCAAAAGAUUUUAAUUUGUGAGUUGUCUAUAAUGUGUGUUGUCGACGCAUUUAUAUGACAAAACGGUAAACACUCCCAACAUAGCAGUGAAGUUUUUGAACUUCAAUUACAUUGCACAUUCCACCCUAAGUAUUAAGGUUUUGUGUCUCGACCUGUUAAUCAAGAAAUUGUUUCACACCAUGUCGCCUGACGAAGUAGAAUCUGAAGUUAAUUUUAUGAAAACUUAUAGCAUUAUGGAAUGGGACAAACUAACAAAGUUAAACGAUGACCGUAAAUUGCUUAACCAGAAAACUGCGCUUGGGUUGGCCACCAGAGAGGAAUUUUUGAAACAAAUAAAAGUUGAAUUAAAUAUGCUUGAUACGUGUCAACUUAAAAUUGAACAAGAAAUAAAAGAAAACAACACAGAGUAUAUUAACACUGAAAUACUUCCCAUUUUAUCAAAUCGUAUCAAUGAUAUGUACAACAAUAUGUUUCUUUUGUUUCCUGUUGAAAAGACUUCACUGUCAGAAUAUAUUGAGUUCUGCUCGAAUAAUAAAUUAUUUAUUACUAAAUGUAGCAACAUGUUGGAUACACUGAUGUCAAGAUACCAUAGUGAUCCUGAAGUGUAUUUAAUUGCAGCAACAUAUGAAUUUGAUGAUCGAAACAAUGUUGAAUCAGCUAGACGAUAUUUUGCAGAAGGAUUAAAAUAUCACGAAAAUUGUAAAAAUUUAUAUGUAGAAGAGUUCUGGGUAGAAGUACAACACUUAGAAAAGACUGCAGGAGCCUCACUUCCAAUUGCUGUUGAAAAAUAUAGAAACCUAAUAAAACGUUUUGAAGGUGAUAUUGAAUUUCAUUUUAUAUUAUUGGACAGAGCAAUAAAAUUAAGCACAGUUAGAGAACUGCAAUGCAAUGUAGUCAGAGAUAUGGUUAAGAAGUAUAGACAUAGUGAACUAAUGUGGCAAAAAUUAGCUAAAAUUCAUUUUGAUGGUUUUAUCUAUCAUCAGGAGACUGAGCAAUUACACUAUGAUAAAAAUUAUAUUAAUGGCAUAAGAAACUGCAUUAAAACCUAUGAAGAUGGUUUAAAAGAAAAUUUACCUCUUCAAAAUAAACAUAAGUUAUGGAACUUUUAUAUCGAGCAUGUUAUAGAAAUUCGAAAAUCUUAUCGCAUGAAAAAAGAAACAAUCAAAAAUUUCAUGAAUGAAACUAUGGAGCGAGCCUUUCAAGAAGCUCAUGAUAAUAAGGCAUUAUAUAAGCCUGAACAAUAUAUUUAUUGGGCUGAAAACACAAUUAAAGACUACGAUAAAAUAAUGAGAAAAGCAGUUGAAGCGAUAGAAGAUAAUGUUGAACUCUGGAUUAAUUUAGUAUCAUAUUAUUUAAACUACGACAGUCUUGAAAUGGUUAUUGAAGUUUUUCAAAACGGUGUUCGAGCCUUAAAAAGCAAAUCAAUGCCUUUAUGGGAAAUUUUAAUUUUAUACAUGGGCAACACUCAUCCUGAAUUGCUCCGACAAUUAUAUCAUGAAGGCUCACAUUUUCCAUUCCCGGAAAUCAAUUUUGUAAUCAGGCCUGAAUAUUUGGAAUGGAACGUUGUUCACUAUGGAAUACUUUCAACUCGUGAAUUGUUCAUUAAACUCAAAGACAUCAAACCAGAAUGUAAACAAUUGUAUUUGUCGAUGAUUUCAUUUGAACUCUCUCAGAACUCAGGAAUUAGCAAAUUAAAAACCAUUAGGAAAUUGUAUAAUGAAGUAUGCAAUUCUUUUGGCGACACAGACAUUAAACUAUGGUCCGGGUGCAUCCGCUUUGAGUACAUGUACGGUUCUCGUAGAUUAGUGAAAAUAAUUUAUAAGGAAUCAUUGAAGUGCUUGGAAUCAUAUUUAUUUAGUAGUAUGGCAGAAGAGUUUGAAAAACUUCAGGAGGAAUUCAAGGAUUAUGGUCCAAAAGAUGAAGGAGUUAUUGUUAUUAAUGAUGAUUGAUGACAAAUAAUUUUAUAGUUAGGGAAAAAAUUACAUGGGUAUGUGCGAAUUUUUAAAUUCAUGUUUUUAAUUACUAUUUUGUGCACAUCAUUUUUGUAAAUAUUUGAUAUGUUAUAUUAAGUUCAUGUAUGUUUAUUAUUUACAAUUAUUAUUUUUAUUUAUUUUUUAAAUAGCCUAAGCAUAAGACCACAAGAUAUUUAUUUUUUUGAUAAUAUUAUAUUAUUAACCCUAAAGUGCAUCAGUACAUUGUUUAGCCAACAACAUGUUUUUAAUUGCAUAAAAUAGUUAUUAUGACCAAUAUGUUAUUAAUUUACACUUGGAUAUCUUUAUAAAGUAACAAACAAUCAAAAUAAUGCCAAAAUGAAACAAUUAAAAUAUAUGUAUUAUUUUAUUUAUAAAAGCAAACUAUAUUUUGAAAUCA